AACCAUUAUGCCUGCACUGGUCAUGAACAUUUCAACAUGUUUCAUGUGGUCUUGUUCUAGACCUGCUGUAGUGGAUAUUACUGCUGAAAACAGAAUCAAAAACUGCAACUGUUAGUGAAAGAAUCAAGCCCCGGCAUCAUCUUGCUGAAACCUGUUGAACACGUUACGGUGUUCUCCGAAAGGCAUAACAGAGUUGUCUUUUUCUGGGAUUGUGCUGAAGUUGUGAAAGUUCAAGAAGCAUACCCGCAACACUCUUGCUGAGGUCUGGCUGACAUCUGUGGGAAAUAUUGGAAAGUCAUUGUGUAGUGUGGUUGAAGUCUCGUCCCUGGUUUCGUUCGCUUGGAUCUUGAUGGCCAACCACAUGCGAAUGAAAGUAUACUAAAGAUUUGAAAGGUGUGAAAGGAGACAUUUGCGCCUUUGAAAGCUACGGUCACGUGGUGCGAGGCAUUACAGUCUACUGCAAGCUCUGGCUGAACACAGAGCGUCUGCAAGUGCUACAAGAGGGGCAGUAGUGAUUCGAAGUUCUGGUAUUCGUCAGGGCACUAUUCGAGGGAGUUCCCAAGCUUCUGUGGCAACUUCCAAUAGGAAGACAGGAAUUUAAAGGACAAGAUUGGUGUGGUGAAUCUCUACUGAUUCGACCGAGCCAUGAGGCUCUGGUGUGUGACGUGUUGGGCGGCAACAGUUGUGUUCCUGUCCCUGUGCUGCCGCGCACAGCAGCCUCCUCCUCCUUUAGAGCAAGUAGUCUCGUCCCGUGGUUCAGCGUUCAGGCAACUAUGGCGGCCGAGAAUCUCUUUCCCUCCCGACCCAACGUCACCCACCGUGCCACUGGUGACGUCAGACCUCGUGGACGAAGCUGCGCGAGAAGCCCACCAGGUGGUCCUCAAACAGAAACUACAAGACAAAGAAAACGCUGCCAAAGGUUUAAAAAGUGUGCCAGGUCUAAUGUGUCCCGCAUCUGCACGUCACAUGAAAAGUCGAGUAGCACGUGACAAAGCCGUCGCCAUGGACGAGAUGGCGCACCUGUUCGAAGAGACAACAAGGAUUCUCUCCAGGAAAAUGAAGAUGUUCUGGGAGGAUGAGUUUCAUGGUCUGGCAAGGACACAGCUAGGGGACUCUCGGCUGGCCGCCGUACAAGAACAGUGUCGCCGGCUAAGCAACACUAUCUGCCACUACGGCUCCUUCCGUAGUAUGGACGGCUCCUGUAACAACAUCAACAAUCCCGACUGGGGCAUGGCCUUCUCCUGCAUGAGGCGACUGCUGCCUCCAAGAUACGCUGACGGAGUGUCGGCGCCCCGUAUCUCCGAAACGGGAGGAGAGCUUCCAAACCCACGAAAGGUGUCGACAACGGUACACGUCGACUUCGACAGACCUUCACGGGAGACCUCGCACAUGCUGAUGCAGUGGGGGCAGUUCUUGGACCACGACUUUGCACUGUCACCCAUUUCACCAAUUCCUGGCGAAAUCAUUGACCUCGGAAAUCCCAACGACGUCCUGGACUGCUGCUCCCCGCUCAUGCGCAACUCUGCGCUCUGCUUCUCCUUUGAUAUUCCUCGCACGGACCAUUUCUUCGGUGCCUAUGGAGAGCACUGCAUGAACUUCCCACGAUCCGCGAGAUGUCCGCUUUGUGGCCUAGGCCCUCGUCAGCAAAUUGACUCCUUGACGUCGUUCAUCGACGGUUCUCAAGUGUACGGUAGUUCUUUCGAAGACGGGAAACGUCUACGAACCCUUCAAGGAGACGGACGUCUCAAGUUCGAUGUCGGACGGAAAGGGGACAUGAUUCUUCCUGCCAGCUUUCAUCCUAAUGAAGACAAGUGCAGCCGACCGAAGACCGGAGAUAUCUGCUUCAGAGCCGGUGACGAACGUGUCAACGAACAACCAGGACUGACAGCCAUGCACACGGUGUGGCUUAGACAACACAACGCAAUGGCCGAUAAGCUUUCGAGCAUUAAUCCUCACUGGGACGACGAAAGGAUAUAUCAAGAAGCAAGGCGCAUCGUGACAGCUCAGAUGCAGAUGAUCACCUACAACGAAUUCCUUCCACUGGUUACUGGCAAAGCGUUCCACCGGGAGUUCGGGUUAGCUGUGUUACCCUAUGGAUACACAACUUACAACGAAAACGUCGAUCCUACAUUGUUGAACGAGUUCGCAGGAGCUGCUUUCCGAUUUGGACAUACCAUUCUCAACGGUGACUUCAUGCAGAUCGACUCAAAAGGCCACAUCUCCAGAGUAAAACUUCAAGACAACUUCUUCAAACCGUUCGAGUUUCGAGACGGAAUGAUGGAGCGGAUCGUACGGGGCCUUGCUCGCCAGACGUCGCAGACGUUCGACAACUUCAUCACCAAUGACGUCACAAACCACCUGUACCGGCUGACCAAUGAGUCUUUCGGAUUGGACCUGAUCUCGCUAAACAUUCAACGAGGAAGAGACCACGGACUACGCGGAUACACCGAUUACCUCAAGGGCUGCUUCGGAUUGCGCGUCGAGAAAUUCGAGGACCUCGACAGCGCCAUGCCGCGACCGGUGCGGGAACGACUCCAACGACUAUAUGCGCACGUAAACGAUAUCGACCUGUUUACGGGAGGUGUAUCGGAAUACUCCCUCCCGGGCGGAGUCGUGGGUCCAACUUUUGGCUGCAUCAUCGGAAUCCAAUUUUGGCGACUCAAGUACGGCGAUAGAUUCUACUUCGAGCAUGGAAGCCAAGCCGGAAGCUUCACACCAGCUCAGUUGACUGAAUUACGGAGGACAAUGCUGUCAAAGAUUAUCUGUGACAACAGCAUCGGGCACAAGUUCGCUCAAAGGAACAUACUCAGAACGAUAUCGGACAGCAAUCCUGAGAUACCUUGUGCACAACUGCCGGCCAUGAAUAUGGAUGCUUGGAUCGAGGUUCCGGCAACGUCUUAGCACGAACUUGGGACGCGGUGACACAACAGCCAGAAGCUGAUUAAGAUCGAACCUAACGUCGAAGCCUCCAGAAACAGAUUGAGCACAAAUUCACGAACUAGCAGCGCCACCACACGUGCUAAAACACACCAUGGUUACAGUCUGCUAGACGUCUUUCGAGCAGAAACAAAGUUGCCAAAAAAAGAUAACCAUCAUCCACAUCGCUCUGUCGGUUUCGACCUUUUAAACGAAAGGCAAUGAUAGGUGGCGUUAGAAAUCAAUAGCGAAAGAAAAGUACGAGUUUGGAAAAUAUGUGGCGCCACCACAAGACAGCCUGUGACUACGAAGACAUCAAUCUUCAAGAACCAAGAACAGGUGGCCUACAGUAGACAACUUUCCAAAGACUUAUUGGUUUAACUAAAAUGCCCUUGCCUUCGGUUGAACUGCUGGAUUGUUUUCUUUGUGAGACACGCGUGAGCCGGAUUCGGAGAGGACUGAACUGCAAAGUGAGUGUUGUGUGAGUGCUGAACAGGACAGUGACGAUUGUGAUUGUGUGGCGAGUGAUCCCAUUUCUUCAUUUUUUUUUUCAGUACGUUACUUUGUAUAUUAAACCGACACGGGUGUGAAAGUAUA